AUGGUUGCUCGUUUCUCUGCUCUCAUGCUCCUUGGAGCUUCCGCUAUCCUUGCGGGUCCCCUCGCGCCUCGUCAAGCAACAGUCACUAUCACCGAGAUUGCUGCUGCUCCCGCCGCUACAGCCUGGAACGCCGGUGCCGUCAACGAGUACACCAUCCACAGAUCCUGCAACGCUACACAGCAUGCGUACAUCAGGAAGGGACUGACAGAGACCAUUACCAUCUGCCGCCAGGCUCGUGACCAUAUCCUCCGCUGGGGCAACUCUUCGGAAAUCUACCAGAAGUACUUCGGUGACGCGGCGACCGGAGAGGCCAUUGGCUGGUACACCAAGAUCGUCGAUGGCGACAAAGCUGAUGUUCUGUUCCGUUGCGACAACCCCGAUGGCAACUGCGAUAUUCAGGGCUGGGCUGGUCACUGGCGUGGCUCCAAUGCAACUUCCGAGACAGUGAUCUGCGACCCAUCCUACGAGCUCCGCCGUCCUCUUGAGGGCAUGUGUAUGCACGGUUACACGGUCGCUACCGGUGCUACCAACUUUUACUGGGCGUCCGACCUUCUCCACCGUCUUCUCCAUGUCCCCAGUGUCGGCGAAGGUGUAGUCGAGCAUUACGGCGAACACACCUACCCUGGUGUCCUUGAGUUGGCCCAGGAGAACGCCACAUAUGCUUCGAGAAACAGCGAUUCUCUGCAGUACUUUGCUCUCGAGGUGUACGCUCAUGAUGUUGCUAUCCCCGGUGAGGGCUGCCCUGGUCGUUUCACCGUUACCGUCACUGCUUCUGCGACUGCUUCCGCAACUGGUACAUCUGCUGCCAGCGCGACAGGUGUGGUUGUUAGCUCGGCUGUUAGUUCUGUUGUCAGCUCUGUUGUCAGUUCGGCGGCUGCUGUCGCUACGUCUGCUGCUGCUGUCGAGGCAUGCACACCCCACAACGACCACUGGCACUGCCCUCCCGGUGUCCCUGAGCCCGCUUCUCCUCCGGCUUAA